AAGAGGAACUGGUAGCUUUUAGAGAACCGAUGAGUUUUCUGCUUCACCAUCUGCUUUUGUUUUCUACAUUUUAGGUUGCCCAAAGCUUGCUGGCCGCUGUGUAGGGCUGGCGAGUGGCCGGGGCUGUCUGAGCCAUGAACAGCUUCAGGGCCACCAUCCUCUUCUGGGCAGUGGCAGCAUGGGCUACAUCAGGCAAGCCUUUGGGAGAGACAGAUGAAGCUGGAGUUCAAAAAUGCAAGGAUGCCUUGAAACUGCCUGUCCUGGAAGUCCUACCUGGAGGGGGCUGGGACAAUCUGCGUAAUGUGGACAUGGGACGGGUUAUGGAAUUGACUUACACCAACUGCAGGACAACUGAGGAUGGACAGUAUAUCACCCCUGAUGAAAUCUUCACCAUUCCCCAGAAACAGAGCAACCUGGAGAUGAACUCAGAAAUCCUGGAAUCUUGGGUUAAUUACCAGAGCAGCACUUCCUACUCCAUCAACACAGAUCUCUCUCUCUUUUCCAAAGUCAAUGGCAAGUUCUCUGCUGAGUUCCAGAGGAUGAAGACCCUCCAAGUGAAGGACCAAGCUAUAACUACCCGAGUUCAGGUAAGAAACCUCGUCUACACAGUCAAAAUCAACCCAACUGUAGAGCUAAGCUCAGGUUUCAGGAAGGAGCUCCUUGACAUCUCUGACCGUCUAGAGAACAACCAGACGAGGAUGGCCACCUACCUGGCAGAACUCCUGGUCCUCAACUAUGGCACCCAUGUCAUCACCAGUGUCGACGCUGGGGCUGCUCUUAUUCAGGAGGACCACAUCAAGACCUCCUUCCUCCAAGACAGCCAGAGCAGUCGUAGUGCCGUGACUGCCUCUGCUGGACUUGCCUUCCAAAACACCGUGAACUUCAAAUUUGAGGAAAACUAUACGUUGCAGAAUAUCCUCACCAAAGGCUACCUCUCAAACCGAACCAAUUCCAGGGUGCAGAGCAUCGGAGGGGUUCCUUUUUACCCAGGCAUCACCCUCCAGGUCUGGCAGCAGGGUAUCACCAACCACCUGGUGGCCAUCGACCGCUCUGGCCUGCCGCUGCAUUUCUUCAUCAACCCCAACAUGUUGCCUGACUUGCCAGGCCCCCUGGUGAGGAAGGUGUCAAAGACGGUGGAAACUGCUGUGAAGCGCUAUUACAUGUUCAACACCUACCCUGGCUGCACAGAUCUCAAUUCUCCUAACUUCAAUUUUCAGGCCAACAUGGAUGAUGGCUCCUGCGAGGGGAAAAUGACCAACUUCUCUUUCGGUGGGGUUUAUCAGGAAUGCACUCAGCUCUCAGGGAGUAGGGAUGUCCUCCUCUGCCAAAAGUUGGAGCAGAAGAAUCCACUUACUGGUGAUUUCUCCUGCCCCUCUGGCUACUCCCCAGUGCACUUGCUAUCCCAGAUCCACGAGGAGGGUUACAACCACCUGGAGUGUCAUCGAAAGUGCACUCUCCUUGUUUUCUGCAAGACCGUGUGUGAAGAUGUGUUCCAGGUGGCAAAGGCUGAAUUUAGGGCUUUUUGGUGUGUGGCCAGUAGCCAAGUACCUGAGAACUCAGGACUGCUUUUCGGAGGCCUCUUCAGCAGCAAGAGCAUAAACCCCAUGACAAAUGCACAGUCAUGCCCAGCCGGCUAUUUUCCACUGAGACUCUUUGAAAACCUCAAGGUAUGUGUUUCUCAGGACUAUGAGUUGGGAAGCAGGUUUGCAGUCCCCUUUGGUGGGUUCUUUAGCUGCACAGUUGGGAACCCCCUGGUAGAUCCUGCUAUAUCUAGAGAUUUAGAGGCACCAUCUCUGAAAAAGUGCCCUGGGGGCUUCAGCCAGCACCUAGCCCUCAUCAGCGACGGAUGCCAAGUGUCCUACUGUGUCAAAUCCGGGCUUUUUACAGGAGGGUCCCUGCCCCCUGCCAGGCUCCCACCUUUCACCCGGCCACCCCUCAUGAGUCAGGCUGCCACCAAUACUGUCAUAGUGACCAAUUCUGAGAAUGCGAGAUCCUGGAUUAAAGACUCCCAGACCCACCAGUGGAGGCUGGGAGAGCCGAUAGAGCUGCGGAGGGCCAUGAAUGUCAUCCAUGGGAAUGGUGGUGGUCUGUCAGGAGGGGCUGCAGCUGGGGUCACAGUGGGGGUCACCACCAUUCUGGCUCUUGUUAUCACCCUGGCCAUCUACGGCACCCGGAAGUUCAAGAAGAAAACAUAUCAGGAAAUUGAGGAAAGGCAGAGUUUGGUUCCAGGCACUGCAGCAACUGGAGACACGCCUGACGAAGAGCAGGGGCGGAGUCCAGCUUAAAUCUCUCCCCGAAAAUGGUUUCUCUCAUCUCCAGUGUGGUCACUGCUGACCACUCUGUUUUCCUAAACAUUGAAAUGGCAUGUGCAACCAAAAGUAGGUAUAUUUGUGACUUCUUGUUUAAGUCUCUGGGCCAGGAAAUUCACACUGUUACAUGGAUAAGGGUGGGAUUGGGGAGAGGGAACAGUUGGGAGUAGAAGCAAAAGCCAUUCUGGGACUAAAAUAGGAAGCAGAUGUCCUUUCCCAGUGUGUGCCGCUGUCUUCACCUGAAUGCAUUUGUGUAAAAAUAGAGGAGGGAGAAUGCUAACAUUUGGAUUUGGAAGCCAUGAAUUUACUCUGAAGUUUGCAGUUGUUUCCAAUUUGUGAGCUCUGAGAGUUUCUGCCUGUAACAACUACCCUCCCUUUAUUUUUAUUUUUAAAAAGCUGUCUGAAUUUCACACUCUUAGAGCCCAGAAGAGUCCCGAAAAGACACAAGUCUUGAUUGGUUACUGCUUUUUAACUGUGAGGGCUCUAUGUUGACAGACUGUUAUCUACUCGGAGUCACCUCAAACAUCUGAAAAGAAAGAUGUUGCCUGUGCCGAUUCCACUUUCUCCAGCUGCCCCUUGAUGCACACUCCCUUACACCAGACCACUCUUGGACUUCUGACUGGUGUCAUCAAGUCCUCAGAAAAUAUUUUAACUUGUAAACUUCUAUUAGUGGGUCAAAGAGGAAAGGAUGAUUUGGAGACAAGGAGUAAUGAAAGAUGGGUAAAAACUGAAAAAAAUUCUGGUGCUGAGUACUACCGCUUCAUCUUCCACGGAUGGUCAUUACCUUUCCUGUCCUGUUACAUGAACACACACACACACACACACACACACAUACACACACACAUGCACCCCACAUUUCAGUAAUUCUGCAUUGUUCUAGGUCCUUACGUUUCUUGUCCGUUAUAUGAACACACACACACAUGCACACAUGCACACACACACACACACACACAAACACCCCACAUUUCAAUAAGUCUGCAUUGUUCUGGGUCCUUACUAUUCCUGUCCUCCUGUUAUAUGAACACACACACACACUCCACAUUUCAAUAAGUCUGCAUUGUUCUGGGGGUAAAACAGGCAAGAAGUUAAAGUAAGACCACAUUUAAGUAUUACUUACUCUGUAGAAUCAAAACAGAGUAGUUAACACCAAUUAUGCAAGCUACUUUUUUUUUCCAGCAGAAAGGGAACUGACAUGAUCAAAUCCAUGUUUUCAAAUGAACUGAAAAAGGCAUCCAGCACCACUUGUAACACAUUUAUUUCAGUUCCAGGCUGAGAGCCCUGGGGCAUCUAGCAGGAUGCAUAAUUGUCAUCUGGCAAUAGUUGGGACUUUGCUCAAUGUUAAUACCAAUCUCUCCUGAUUGCAAUUACCUCCACUACUUUCAUGAUCCCCCUACAAUAUUUUUUUAAAUACUAUAUUUAUUCACUGAAUCGAAUGUCAUUAAUGAAUUAUCUUCUGUGGAGGAUGACUAUUCUCUUUGUUAAUGUUCACAAUCAAAAUCUUGGGCUGAGAAGAGGCCCUUCACCAAGGAGUCUGAAGCAUCACAGCGUGUGGGAAGGUGGGAACCAGGAUCCUCAUUCAUUUCUAACUGAGACACAGAGAAGUGAGUCACAGAAUUUGAGCCCUGCUCUCCUGACUGCCCAGCCAGGGACACUGAUUUCUUUAAUCUCUUCACUUAAUCCUGCCUCUUAAGCAUUAAAACAUUCUCCUAAACCUCUGAGUGUUUUGUGGGUUCUGGGUGUUUUGUACAUUUUAGCCAAGUUAACCACUUGUCUGCAAAUACUGACUUUCCUAUGAAUUCUUUGAAGAUUAUUGAGUCAGAAAGGAAAAAUAUAGCCCCAAAUUCCCAGGCUUUUAAUGCACUGUGUAUUGAAAUGAAAAGUUCCUUACAAACUUAUAUUCCUAUCAACAAGAUUGCACAUAAAUAUGCAUUAAAAUAUGUACUAAGGAACUCUCUGUCCAACAGCUCAUGCAUGUGAAGUUAGAACAUGGGAGUCUGCCGGUUGCAUUCAUCAAAUCAUUUUGCAGAGUCUGAUCCCUGAUGGAAGAGCUCACAGGCUCUGCCUUCCAAGUCCCAGGUUCCUAACUGGUGGUCUUAGGCUGGGGUCUGUGGGGAGACCAACCUUGGCUUUCAAGAAAACCUCAUACCAUGGACUAUCAGAAAUAGACACAGAUUUGGGUGACAAAGGUGGCUCUGCAUUUGCAUUUUAUUUUUGUGUUCUUGUCAGUUUGGGGAUGAUUAACAUUAAACAUUUAUUUGAGAAACAA